AUGUUUCAUUAUGACAUCGAAGUGUUUGAGAACAAAACUUCUCAGAGUAUGGGAUAUAAUAAAUGGGUUAAACCUAAAGCAGAAAAGGGCGGACACUGGCAUAUGGACAGGAUAUGGACACCAUCUCUGCACAUACCGACCAAUACUCAGCCCGAUAUACUUCGGUCCGGGGAUACAAAUCCAGUUCUGGCGCACAUCCGCUCCGAUGGCAAGGUUUUGAUCAGCAAAAGGAUAUUAUUAAAUGGUUUGUCACAAAUGGAUUUUACAUAUUAUCCGUUAGAUAAGCAAUUAUGCGAUAUUGAGAUCGAGUCGAAUGAAUUAUCUGACAAUUAUCUACGGCUGAAUUGGGCUGAAGAGCAGCCACUGGCGAUGUCCACUGAGUUCGGUUGGAAUGGAUACACACUAAUUGAUCACAAACUAAAUAGCAUAAAGUCGUUGUACAGCCAAACGGGAACCUUCUGUAAACUGACGGUCACUUUCACUCUGCGGCGAGAAUUUGGACACUUUAUACUCGAUAUAUACAUUCCGUCGAUUCUGUUUGUGAUCUCUUCGUGGACAUCGUUUUGGGUGGAAAUACCCGCAGCGCCGGCCAGA